AUGUCCAAGUCCUUGAAGCAUAUCAAACAGCAGUGCCGAGACCGCGAGCUGGUGCAGGAGGUCAUCGAGCUGGUCCGCAGGAAUGACCACGACUCGCUGGCUUAUGUCGCGCGCACACUGGGUAUUCCUCCGCAACUGCGGUUCGUGGUGUGGCCUAUACUACUGAAGUACCACCCAAUGUGUAUAUCCCCUAACAUUAUGUCCAACACUGUGGUGUGGGACCCGCUCACCAGCAGUUACCACUUGACCAAUGCCGAUGCCGCACAGGAUGUCAACUCAUCGGGCUACGUCGCCAAUGGCGCCGCUAAUGGCUCAGCAAACGGGUAUGAGAUAUCCAAGACCUCGACGAACUCUUCGACCUCGGACGAUGUGGUAAACGAAGACAUGGUGCAUCUGGAAAAGAUCAUACUCAAGGACCUGAGGAAGUAUUUCCACUCAAGGGCGACCUCGUCCUCUCAGGCUGUCUCGAGCUCAUCCUCAUCAACAGCAGAGCCAUCUUCCCCUACUGUCUCUGACGAGUGCGAGAUCAUCGACUCCUUGAAGAACGCCAUCCUGAGGUUCUUGAGCAAGUGGUCCCGGAUCUUCAAGUAUGAGAUUGGACUAGCAUGGCUAGCACUGGGCUUAGCAGAGUGGUUCCCGGCUCUUCUUCCGGCCAAGUUUGACUUAAAUGACGAGUGUUUUCUAGUGCUGAACGGGAGGAGACAUGCACAUACUUCUAGUGGUAACAACAACUCCACCUCCAUAUCACAGCUGUUUCAGGAGUAUCCACUGCUUGACUACCUCAAGAAUAAAUUACCUUCAGAGAGGUUAUUCACAUUUGACCAGCUUUACGAAAGGUUAUUGCUCGUCCUAAUACACUCUCCCGACACUGCUUUGGAGCAAAACAAGAUCAAACGCGACUUCCCACAGGACUCUACACACAUUUCCAACUAUUUCCCAGUGAUUUCUGGAGGUGAUCUCUCAUUCAGAACUCAGAUUUUUUUUAAAGUCUUCUCCACUAUCCUACCUGAACUGUACCAGCCGCUUAUAGAGGAAGUCAACCUUCAACCGAACUCUUCUAGAACAAGCUGGCUGUAUUGGUGGUUCAAAUGUGCCGGGGCAAGGUCGUUACAAAGACAGGAUAGAGGCAGGAUAUGGGACUUAUUCCUCGGAUGGAGACCAAAGCCAGACCACGUAACCAUCAAUUUCUAUCUUAAUUACAACACAAAAAGCUUUGCGCACUUAUAUCAUAAAUCACCAAGCAUAUGCCAUUCUAAAUUUUGGAAUAAAUAUGAAAAAAACGAUACUUUUUGGUUUCCGGAUUUGGACUCCAUACCCUUAGGAACACCACCUUACACCCAUGACGUUACGAUUAUUAAAGAACUAUUAAGAAGGAAUAAGUAUGAAGAGCGAGCUAGUGACUCUAACGAUACUGACCAGGAAUGUUGCAUGAACAGUAUUCCAUUUUCAAUAAUAAGCCCGCAUACCCAGCUUAUAUUCAUCUACGUGGCUAUAUUACAAUUCAAUGAAUUUAAAUUGCUUGAGUUUGAAGAGACAGAGAUAGCCGAAUUUUUAAACAAUGUUCCCAUGCUUUCAAAAGCUGACGACACCGCAUUCAAGAAGCUAUUUGACACGGGAUCUACACUGGAUAACGUGGUCCUACAUGAUGAAGCAUCAAAGAGACCCAGCUCAUCCUCCAAUAAUCACAUGCUAAUAGAGGUGGGCAGCGAUGGCAAGUCCUCCCAUUCAUUUAACGACCUAAUGAAAAUGGCGGGUGAUAUCUGGCGUAAAUGGCUGUGGCGAGAGCUAGAAGAGAACCUAAAUAAUGAACCGUAA